CCACCGCUGAAAUUAGAAAAGUCAAUCGAUGUAUAUCUCAGAGUUCCAAAGCUAGGAUCAAAACAUUUAUUUCAUUCAUAUAUUACUAACAGAAUAUCUAGGCGAUCUUUACUGAAAUUUCGAUAUAGUUUCAACUAGGCGGUAUGGCUGGCAACUUUUGGCAAAGUUCACAUCACCAGCAAUGGAUUUUAGAUAAACAGGAUCUCAUCCGUGAAAGACAAAUUGAUUUGAAGACAUUAACAGAAGAGGAGUACCAAAAGAUAUUCAUGUUUUUCGCAAACGUGAUCCAGGUUCUUGGUGAACAACUAAAGCUACGGCAGCAGGUUAUUGCUACCGCAACUGUAUAUUUCAAAAGAUUUUACGCCAGAAAUUCCCUCAAGUGUAUUGAUCCAUUAUUACUAGCACCGACUUGUAUUUUGCUCGCUUCAAAGGUGGAGGAAUUUGGUGUCAUCUCGAAUUCUAGACUAAUUACCACUUGCCAAACAGUGAUUAAGAACAAAUUCAGCUAUGCUUAUCAACAAGAAUUUCCAUAUCGGACAAACCACAUUCUCGAGUGCGAGUUCUAUUUACUAGAGAAUUUGGACUGUUGUUUGAUAGUUUAUCAGCCAUAUCGACCAUUGCUUCAGUUGAUUCAGGACAUUGGUCAGGAAGAACAAUUGCUGACACUAACUUGGCGAUUGAUAAACGACUCCUUGAGAACUGAUGUUAGUUUGCUUUAUCCGCCUUAUCAGAUUGCGAUUGGGUGUCUGCAAAUUGCAUGCGUGAUUCUACAAAAGGAACUGAAAGCGUGGUUUGCCGAAUUAAAUGUUGAUAUGGAGAAGGUACAGGAAAUAGCUCGCGCUAUCCUUAAUCUUUUUGAACUGUGGAAGAGCUACGAUGAGAAAGAAAUACAAAGUCUGUUAGAUAAAAUGCCAAAACCAAAACCGGCUCCACAGCGGUGAUUCAUGGUUUCGGUGAUUUCGUCUAUAUGGAAUUAAUUCAUUGUAUGGAAAAUUAUAUUAAUAUCAAUCAAUCAAUUUAA